AUGGGGGAUUCGACAAAACGGCAUGAGCCUUUGGAUGGAGUCCAGGAAGGGCCAGACGUACACGAAGAAUGGCCCAAUACCGGGGUCCCCGACCUCAUCGAGAUCGUCAGCAGCGACAACGUCUCUUUCUUCGUUCCUCGUCUCCUUUUACAGGCUCAUUGCCCCGUACUGCGAGCAAUGUUUGAGAUUCCUCAAUCCGUGCCUUCUUCCCCACCUCGCCGCUCAUCUCGCCGAAGGACGCCAGAGGGCAUGGCGCAGCUCGAGCCUCGUUCCGAUCAGAUCAUUCUCACCGACGACUUUUACGAGCUCGCAUCUACCCUCGCCUUCUUUCUCGCCAUCAUCUCGGGUGAGAGUUGCGGCAGCCUACUCCAAAAAGUCCCUCGAUACCAGAUCCGAAAUUUUCAUGCGACUAUCCUUCUGGCAAAGAAAUGGGAAAGCGCGAUGGUCGUCCACACACUGGAGGCGUGGCUCUGCCGCCUGGCAUUGGAGAGAUGGGACAAUGAGCAAUGGAAGCCCUCUGAUAUCCUCAUCUUGGCUGCCAAAUGCGACAUGCCUCAUGUCGCUCGCAUGGUUCUCGAAACAUGGACGCAGGUGAAGAAGGACAGUCCGCUUUGGAAUGACAGCAAGCACGACAAGGCCAGUAUCGACGCCCACUGGUCCGUGCGCCUUAACGCCGGAGGGUCAACUCUCAGCCCGAAAGAUUGGAGGAUCCUGACCUGGCAGGAGAUAGGCAUAGAUUACAUAUUCGCCUUGGUCAAGAGCGCGAGAGGAAAAGCAGGUGGAUCUGCGGGGAAUAGUCUUCCUGAAGGCUCUUGGAAAGUACCCAGAGAUGGCGAAAUCGAAACAGCCCGAGGUCCCGCCCAAGCUGACUUGCGAUGUGCACCCGUCUUGGCCGCCGAGAGACUUCACUGUCUUCUCGAAGAAUCCCCACGAGCCCUCGAUAGGCAAGGCAGCCAUCCCAUCUACCAACUCAGCAGCGAAGGAAAGACCACGCCGGCAGUUAGUUUCGCCUUCUUGAUCCGGAUAUUGGAAGGCAGAAGCCUUCAAGAGGUGUUUGACGAGUUCCCGCGUCAUCAAGCUCACAACUGCUACGAAGCUGUGAUGCUGGCACAUGACUGGGCUUGUCCGUGCGCCGUGAGCACAAUCGAGGCGUUCAUGUUUCGUGUUGCUCUGGACAAGUGGGAGAAUCCUCACUGGAAGUUCAUGGACAUACUUAUAGUCGCUGCCCCAGGAGCCUCUUCGAUGGACCAUGUAGCUCGACUAGUAGUCGAACAGCAUCGCACGAUUACGAAAGACAGCCCCGCGUGGGAUACCGCGAAACACGAGGAAGAGCCCUUGGAUAGUUUCUUCGAGUCCUCUAUCUAUCCGAGUGCUUCCAUCCCAUUGGACACUUUGCAAUGGGACAGGAUCGUCUGGGAGGAACUGGGGAUGCUGUACACCCAUGCUCUGAUCUGUUGCCGUCUUGAGAAGAAUUACAUUAAGCGGGGAUUCAGGUUUUUGGAUGCCAUCAGGACAGGCAGGUGA